AUGCUGCUAAUGACACAAAGCUCGUACCAACCGAGAGGGAAACACCUAAACAAUAAACGGUGGGAGCGAAUCCUGAUAGCUGAAGAACAAGCAUCAAUUGUAUCCAGUGUCCAAAAAAAAGUUAGCUAGAGUAAAGUGAAGUGAUUUUUAAGUUCAACAAAAAGAUGGUGCAGCGCAUGAGAAUCAAUUGAACAGUAAUAGUUGGUGCAGUGAUACUCGAUUUGGAAACUUGAUUGUUUGAUCACCGCUCUCAGUUAACGAAAAUCAUACAAAGGUCAUGUGCCGAAUAAACCUAAUGACGUUAAGUUUACUUUUAGUGCUAGGACCUGCUGGACUGAUGUCAGAACACACACAAAAUGCUGACGGAACCAUAAAAGACUUGUACGAGUAUCUGCUACAGCGGGAGUACGCUGCUCCAGUAUCGUAUGCGGAUCACCAGAUAAAGCGGAAGGCUGUCCGUUCACCCUCAUUGCGGUUACGUUUUGGGCGACGCAGUGAUCCUUCAAUGCCAGUGCGGUCCGAGGAAGAUGACACGACGGAUUCGGAUACGAUACGCCCACCACAGAAACGAACACGGUUCGGUCGACAAGAACCGAUGUUGCCAACGGGGGAGGAUUACGAUGAAAAUGAUCUAAUGUCCUAUGAUAGACGUGAACCAUCAAAACGAUUUCGUUGGGGCCGCUCAGGAGGAAUGAAAGAUGACACGAUGGAUUCGAGUGCGAUACACCCACCACAGAAACGAUUACGGUUCGGUCGACAAGAACCGAUGUUUCCAACGGGGGAGGAUUACGAUGAAAAUGACCCAAUGUCCUACGAUAGACCACCAUCAAAGCGAUUUCGUUGGGGCCGCUCAGGAGGAAUGAAAGAUGACACGAUGGAUUCGAGUGCGAUACACCCACCACAGAAACGAUUACGGUUCGGUCGACAAGAACCGAUGUUUCCAACGGGGGAGGAUUACGAUGAAAAUGAUCCAAUGUCCUACGAUAGACCACCAUCAAAGCGAUUUCGUUGGGGCCGCUCAGGAGGAAUGGAAGAUGACAUGAUGGUUUCAAGACCGAUACGCGCACCACAGCUUCGACUACGGUUCGGUCGACAAGAUCCGAUGUUUCCAACGGGGGAGGAUGUCGAUGAAAAUGAUCUAAUGUCCUAUUAUAGACCACCAUCAAAGCGAUUUCGUUUCGGCCGCUCAGGAGGAAUGGAAGAUGACAUGAUGGAUUCAAGACCGAUACGCGCACCACAGCUUCGACUACGUUUCGGUCGACAAGAUCCGAUGUUGCCAACGGGGGAGGAUGUCGAUGAGAAUGAUCUAAUGUCCUAUGAUAGACGUGAACCAUCAAAACGAUUUCGUUGGGGCCGCUCAAGAGGAAUGUUCCCCGCAAAUGAUAUUAUGCAACAAAAGUCCAUUCGAGCGCCUCAACUACGACUUCGAUUUGGUAGAAGUGAUCCCACCUGGGCUGUGUUCAACGAACAUCAGCUUGAUGGUGACCAAAUUGCCAAAGCUGCUCCUGGAUCUUCGCCGGCUUCACGAAACGAACAUGCUGACGAUCCUGCUGAGCUGACAGAUGAAACCGACACGACAAGCAUGAACGAAAAGUAAUAAGAGUUACCGGAAACCAGAAACCAGCUACUACAACUGAUGUUUAAUUUGCCUACCUACUUGAGUACAAUUUAGAUUGCGUUGGCCCCCAAAAAUGUUUAAUAUUUACAAGUGAUAAUCGUGUUAGUCAAAUUCAACUUAAAAAUGCGUUUUCAUCGAACAAUCGCAGCACUGCGAACCUAUGGAAGACUACAAGACACACUUGUUCGUAAAUGUCGCGUCUUAAAUUGAAUUGUAUCCUAGAACUAAUGUUAACUUUGAACGGCAGCAAUUAGGAAUCAGACUAAGUGUGAUGGUUACAAUUUACAUCAGAACAUUAACAAUAACAAAACUCCAUUUCAUAUCCAAGAACUUCAAAGAACGAUACAGUGUACUAUCUCAUGUAGAUAAACAUUCAGCAGUAUCUUCAAUUAUUUGCCGAUAAGGUAAAACGUUGAAGAUUCAGCAUAGCAAGGUCAUAGUUUCCAACACAAGUCAUUCAAAUUAUGCACAAUUUUCAAUUAUCGCUAGAGUAACAGUAUUUGUUCCAAUUUUAAUCGUAACAUUGAAAGUAAAGAUGAAUUAUCACCAAUAUAGAGAAGACAACCUGUGCUAUACUAUCAUUGAAAAGAAUGAACAGUUCCAAGAGUGCAAAUAAAAAUUUAGGAAAAGCGAAAAUGAAUUGUACUUUACAAGAAAAAUGUACAUGUGUAUAAAACAGUAAAUACAGUCAAUACUAGUGGACAUAAAAAA